AUGGACCCAGCAGUGGGACAGACCCCCUCCCGACCGUCUCAGUUAGACGUGUCCUCUUCUGCGAAAGGCCCGCAGUUUUUGUCGGCGGAAUCAGGGCAUCCAGUUGUGUCUCGAAAGACCCCAGGCUCCGCGUCCGCUGUGCUUGAACUUGAGUCAGGGCUUAACAUAACCCCUUCUCCUUCAGAAGGCGGCAGCAGCAGCAGAGCAGUGUCGCCCUUUGCUAAGAUCAGGAGUUCCAUGGUCCAGGUGGCUAACAUUACCCAAGCUGGCUUAACCCACGGGAUCAACUUGGCAGUGGCCAAGGUUCAGAAGAGCCCUGCAGAAGCUGACGCGCUUCACGAAGUCCAGAAGAAUGAGCUCAGAAACAUGUUUACACAAUGCCAGGCGCAAAUCAUCCAGAUUUAG